GCUAAUCAGUGUUAUGAAAUUAUGGCAAGGCCCAUUACAAAUAAAUUUUAUAGCUAAGUGUUUUUCGAAAAUUGACAACCUCAAAUUAUUUCUAAUCAAAAAAUGCUUUAAAUAAAAGUGUUAACAGAAUUAUAGCGCCCAGCCAAACAUUUGCUACCGUCAAGCAAACGCAUCAAAACGUCCCUAACGUCGCAGGCAACAUUUAAAAUGUUGCCAUGCAUGCAUAUAUCCAUCAAGAUGUCAUUAAAUUUCUAUAAACGUCUAUAAAAAACGACAUUUAAAUAUCACCAGAGUGAUUGAAGUGAGCCCAAAAUAAAGAAAAACAAAAGCAAAGAAAACAUCCCAGGAAAUUGUUGAUCUAUGAGAGUUUGUGUUUUGUUUUAGUAUCAUCACAAAGCAAAAAACAAAAAAAAUCGUUUCGUAUAAAGAACCCAAGUGAUCUGACAACACCAACUUAAUUUUAAAGCAACAUUUCAAGAAAGCAUAGGCCGACGAGUGCACAUUUAAACAAACACAUUCAAACAUACGUACGUAUGUACGUACGCAUUCAAACGGUAAUAUAUAACCAUAAGAUGCCUAUGUUUAAGCAGCAUUUGGUUGGUGGAUUUAAAUUUAGAAAUAAUCUUCAUGUCGCCGAAAACAAAAAUAACGACAAAAUCGAAGCUAAAGGCAUCAUGACAAUAACAAAUAGAAAAACAAGAACAUAUGGAAUAAACCCAACAUCAAGUAGAAAUACUAGUGAGACAACAAAAACAACAACAACAUACAGACAAAAUGCAUCAGCAGCCGUCGCAACAACAGCUACAUGCAAGAACUCCUCUUUGAGAUCAGUAAAGACAACAACAGUGCUGGCAUCCAAAUCGGAGAAGGAGACAACAAAAGCAAUGCCAACAACAACAAUAGCUACUAAAAUGUCUACUAAGCAUUUUAGCCUGAUGUCAAUGCAGUUGGCUAUUGUAUUGUUGGUAUUUUUAUUAGCCGAUAGUGGAUUAAAUGGAUUACGAAUAGUUACAGCCCUUAAGGCUCAAAAUCCUCGUAUCGUUGAAAAUCCCAUGGAUAUGGUGGUGCCCAAAAAUGAUCCUUUUACAUUCAACUGCAAGGCCGAAGGUAGUCCAACUCCAUCAAUACAAUGGUUCAAAGAUGGCUAUGAAUUGAAAACCGACUCAGGGUCGCAUCGCAUUGUUAUGCCAACGGGAGAUUUAUUUUUUCUAAAGGUUAUCCAUUCGAGGCGUGAGAGUGAUGCUGGUACUUACUGGUGCCAGGCCAAAAAUGAAUUCGGUGUGGCGAGAUCUCGCAAUGCCACAUUGCAGGUUGCAUUUCUGCGCGACGAAUUCCGUUUGGAGCCACAAAAUACCCGUGUAGCUCAAGGUGAAGUAGCUUUAAUGGAGUGCGGACCGCCCAGGGGUUCCCCUGAACCUCAAGUGUCGUGGCGUAAAAAUGGCCAAACCUUGAAUUUGGUGGGAAAUAAACGUAUACGCAUAGUGGAUGGUGGCAAUUUAGCCAUACAGGAUGUACGACAAUCCGAUGAUGGUCGCUAUCAGUGUGUUGUUAAAAAUGUAGUUGGUACACGAGAAUCCUCUACGGCUUUCCUAAAAGUGCACACUCGUCCAUUUUUAAUACGUGGUCCCCAGAAUCAAACAGCUGUGGUGGGUACAUCAGUGAUAUUCCAAUGCCGUAUCGGUGGUGAUCCAUUGCCGGAUGUCCUGUGGCGCCGUACAGCCUCGGGUGGCAAUAUGCCUUUACGUCGAGUUACCGUCUUGGAGGAUCGCAGCCUAAAACUGGAUGAUAUCACUUUGGAGGAUAUGGGUGAAUAUACCUGUGAGGCUGAUAAUGCAGUGGGUUCAAUCACAGCUACUGGUACCUUAAUUGUGCAUGCUCCUCCCAAAUUCUCGAUUAGACCCAAAAAUCAAUUGGUCGAAGUAGGAGAUGAGGUGAUAUUCGAAUGUCAGGCCACAGGCUAUCCUAAACCCACUGUUUAUUGGUCCUUGGAGGGCAAUAGUUCUCUGUUGUUUCCUGGCUAUAAAGAUGGGCGCAUGGAGGUAACCGUCACCCCAGAGGGCAGAUCUGUGCUCUCGAUAUUUCGUUUUGCUCGCGAGGACAGCGGCAAAGUGAUAGUGUGCAAUGGCCUCAAUGCAGUGGGUAGUGUCAGCAGUCGCACAGUGGUUACAGUGGAUACACAAUUUGAAUUGCCUCCUCCCAUCAUAGAACAGGGGCCGGUGAAUCAAACCUUGCCUUUGAAAUCCUUUGUUACCCUACCCUGUCGCACUUUGGGCUCUCCCAUACCACAGGUUCAAUGGUAUUUAAAUGGCAUACCUGUGGAUGUGAAUGAACACGAAAGAAGAAAUCUCUCAGAUGCGGGCUCCCUUACCGUUGUGGAUUUGGUGAAAAAUGAAGAUGAAGGCUUAUACACCUGUGUGGCUAGCAAUCGUAAUGGCAAAUCUUCCUGGAGUGGCUACUUGCGUUUGGAUUCGCCUACCAAUCCCAAUAUAAAAUUCUUUAGAGCACCUGAGCUAUCCACCUAUCCUGGACCACCGGGUAAACCUCAGGUGGUGGAUAAAACCGAAGAUUCAAUUAGUUUAUCCUGGACACGCAGCAAUAAAGUGGGUGCCUCCAGCCUGGUGGGCUAUGUGGUGGAAAUGUUUGCCAAAAACGAAACAGAUGGCUGGACGCAAGUGGCUACUCGUGUGCAAAAUACCACCUACACGCAAGUGGCUUUGCUGCCAGGCAUUAAUUAUUUCUUCUUGAUUAGGGCUGAAAACUCACAUGGGCUGUCGUUGCCCUCACCCAUGUCCGAGCCCAUAGCAGUGGGAACGAAAUACUUUAAUAGUGGUUUGGAUUUGAGUGAAGCUCGUGCCAGCUUACUAUCCGGUGAUGUUAUAGAACUUAUCAAUGCCAGUGUUGUCGACUCUACCAGUAUGAAAUUAUCUUGGCAGAUCAUCAAUGGCAAAUAUGUUGAAGGUUUCUAUAUUUACGCACGUCAACUUUUGGAUACUUCAACUGGCUCCUCGCCCAAUACAAAUCCAUUAGUAGCCGCCGCACGUAGCAGCAGCAGCAGCAGUUCCCGCUCAUCUCCAUCAUCGUCUCCUUCGGCAUCUGGCUCUUCAUCAGCAUUGAUUUCGGCCUCGAAACCAAAUAUUGCACGACGUGAUGGUACAGCUUAUGUAGUGGCCUCCUCUACGCCAUCUACGGUCAUACAAUCGGCUGCUGCCUAUAUUGGCAGCACCACAUAUCGCAUGUUGACCAUUUUGAAUGGUGGCGGAGCCUCGUCAUGCACCAUGACCGGCCUUCUACAGUAUACGUUAUAUGAAUUUUUCAUUGUACCCUUUUACAAGUCGGUCGAGGGCAAACCAUCAAACUCACGUGUCGCUCGGACAUUGGAAGAUGUUCCAAAUGAGGCACCAUUUGGCAUGGAGGCCAUAUUGUUAAAUUCUUCAGCAGUUUUCCUUAAAUGGAAACAGCCAACACUUAAGGCUCAACAUGGCGUAUUGUUGUACUACCACAUUGUUGUGCGAGGCAUUGAUACGGCCCAUAAUUUUUCACGUAUCCUUACCAAUGUCACAAUUGAUGCUGCCUCCCCCACUCUGGUGCUGGCCAAUUUAACCGAAGGUGUCAUGUAUACGGUGAGUGUGGCAGCUGGCAACAAUGCUGGCAUUGGACCCUAUUGUUCACCGGCUACACUGAGAUUGGAUCCCAUUACCAAGAGAUUAGAUCCCUUCAUAAAUCAACGUUAUCCCAUAAAUCAAGAUCAUGUCGAUGAUGUGUUAACUCAACCAUGGUUUAUUAUAUUAUUGGGUGCCAUAUUGGCCAUAAUGAUGCUAUCCUUUGGAGCCAUGGUCUUUGUCAAGCGUAAACACAUGAUGAUGAAACAAUCAGCCUUAAAUACCAUCCGAGGUACCCAUCCCAAUGAUGUUCUGAAAAUGCCAAGUUUAUCACGUAAUGGCAAUGGUUAUUGGUUGGAUGCUUCGACGGGUGGUAUGGUGUGGCGCACUCAGCCAAGUGGUGAUACUCUCGAUAUGCAAAAGGAUCAAAUUGAUGACUAUGCACCGGUAUGUCUGACCAACAAUACGGCCAAUGGAGCACAAAACACCACUGAACGUGGCACUGGCCAGCAAAGAUAUGUGGGGGAAUAUUCCAAUAUACCCACGGACUAUGCUGAGGUAACAAGUUUUGGCAAAAACGGCAGUGAAUAUGGAGUGGGCCGUAAGAAUGCCUCCUCACCGGCACCAUAUGCCACAUCGUCCAUAGUGCAACAACAGCAGCAGCAGCAACAACAAUCACAGCCUCGUUAUCAAACCCGGCCAGGUAUAAAUAUGCAACAGCAGCAAAUGGUGGGAACGCAGCAGCAGCAGCAAAGGCCCAUGCAUCCUCACUUUCAUCAACAACAGCAGCAGCUGCAGCCACAACAACAACAAAGCUCCAAUAAUAUCUACCAACAAAUGUCCACCACCAGCGAGAUAUAUCCCUCGCAAAUGAACAGCAAUAGAUCGGCCUAUUCGGAUCAGUAUUAUUAUCCCAAGGAGAAGAUACAUAUAACCGAGAAUAAGCUAAGCAACUGCCACACCUAUGAUACGGCCAACCAACAUCAACCAUCUCCUUUGGGCUUUGCCAAUAUUGGCACCCUCAGACGCAGUGGUAACAAUCAGCAUAGCAAUCGCUUUAAGAUCAUCAAUACCCAGCCACAGAAUUAUCAAUUACACUUGGCCGACAAUCCACAUCAGAAGCAACAGCUCAAGAUGAACACCUUGAAUAAUAAUCAAAAUAAUGGCGACUAUAGCACCCAAGAUAUGAUCACCAAGAAUCUGAUGGAUUUGGAUGCAGGCUCUUUCUGCUAUAAUGGCAUGGCGGAUUCGGGUUGCGGUGGUUCACCCUCACCCAUGGCCAUGUUGAUGUCACAUGAUGAUGAGCAUGGUGAGGAGGAGCAGGCUUUAUAUCACACCGCCGAUGGGGACAAUGAAAGUGACAUGGAACGUUUGUAUGUUAAGGUUGAUGAGAAUCCACAACAGCAGCAACAGCUAAUUUCGCUAACACCAUCCAGCCAUCAUGGCAACACGCCACAGUCACAGUCCCAGUCGCAGCAGCAACAACAACAGCAGCAGCCACCACAUCAUCUGCAUCAGACUCAGAAUCAAGAAUCAAAUCCCAACAAUCAAAUGGCCUACAACAAUUGGCGUUCGCAUAAUUCCUCAACGCGUUCCACGGCAUCCUCGUCAUAUGCACAUCGUAAUCCUAAUCUGGCCAUGGCCAGCAUCAAAACACCCAGCAACACUAACGCCAUGACCAAUAACGCAUCUUCAUCGUCGGUGUCGGCCAAUGGCUUGUUGGAGACAACACAAACAGCUUCGCCACAAAUGCAUCACUUACACCCAUUGCAUCAGCAGCAGCCUAGCAGUGAUUCAGAAAUGAUUUAUGCUCCUGGCAGCAGCAUGGCUAGUGAACGCAGUCUAUUGAGCAACUCGGGUAGCUCCACAUGUGGAGGCAAUGGCAGUGGUUUGGGCAUGGGCCAGCCUCACAAUGUGUGACCUUUGCAAAACGAUUUGCUGGCUACGAGCACAAACGAAGACAUUUUGCCAGAACAAGAUACAACUGAGGCAUUAGAUACACCUUCGGCUACAAACUCACACAUAUUGACAAGACAACAAGAAGAUUAUUAUGCGCGCGAAGUGAAAGAGUUAUUGGAAUGGUGUGAACGUUUCAAUAAGGGUUCCUUGGAUAAUUUUGAUUAGAUUUUAAAAGCGAAGCGAAAUGAAAUUGAGACGAUAUGAGUUUUUUUUUUUUAAUUUUAAUUUUUUUAUACUUUAUUUAUAUUUAAAGACUGAUUUUUUUCUUCUUGGAAUUGUGUGUUUUUUUUUUUUCAAAACUUUGCUUCCAUUUGAAUAUUUUUUUUCUUGAAAUUUACACCUUUUGAAUAUGAAUUUUAUUUUAUUAAGAGAAAGGAGACACAGACCCCCAGUUAUAAAUACCGAAAUGUACAGCUCAAAAAUAU